AUGACUUCUACAUCUUCAAAAUCAACUUCGAUAAUUAAAAACAGUAUAUAUGAUAAAAAGAACGGUGACAAACCUAAUCAUUCAAACUCCCGUAAUAAUCGUCCUGACCCUCCUAAACUUCGUCAAAAAAAUCUUAAUGUAAAAUUGCCUACUCCUGCUCCUACUCCAAAAUCUCCUUGUUUUGUUCAUUCAGAUAUUGAUCCAUCAGUUUCAAUGCCACUAGUAGAAAUGAUAAAUCGUUUUGACGAUGAUAUCACUCAAUAUUCAAAUUUGGCCGAGACCGCUGUUAGUGUUAGAGAGAUAUCAAAAAAACUUGGCAAUUCAAUACAAGCUGUCAUGGUUGUCACUAAACCUGGUGAUCUUCGUUUAGUAAAUAUUACUCGCAAAUUAGCUAUGUAUUUGAUCACCACUCCUCGCUUUGGCAAAGAUCAUGGUGUAACUGUAUAUGUGGAUAAAAGCUUAAAAGAAUCAGAGCGUUUGGAUUAUCCUGGCAUGUUAAAAGAGUCUCCUUUCGUAAAAGAUUAUUUGAAAUUCUGGACAAAAGAACUGUGCGCUAGAAGAUCUGAAAUAUUUAAUUUUCUCGGUGGUGAUGGGACUGUAUUAUACACUUCAUGGUUAUUUCAGAAAGUCGUUCCCCCAGUUUUACCUUUUCAUAUGGGUUCUCUUGGUUUCUUGACAAAUUUUAGUUUUAAAGAUUAUAAAAAGCAUAUAACAAAUGCUUUGGAUGAAGGCAUACGUGUAAACCUAAGAAUGAGAUUUACGUGUACCGUUUAUCGAAGAAUAAACAAACCCAUAAAAGCAACUCGUUGUAGUGAAACUGGUGAAAUAAUGAUGCAGCAUGUAGUUGAUGGAAAAAGUGAUUGUGAUUGGAAUACUAUUGAAAGCCCCCAUCCUCAUAAUGGACAUGAAUGUGGACAUGAAUGCGAACAUGAUAAAGAUUUACCUUGCUUAGUCACUCAACCAGCUGAAACUUUUCAAGUUUUAAACGAUUUAGUCGUUGAUCGAGGUGCUGGUCCUUAUAUGAGUUUGCUAGAAUUGUUUGGUGACGAUCAACAUCUCACAACUGUCCAAGCUGAUGGUCUUGUAAUAUCUACUCCUACUGGUUCAACUGCUUAUUCUGUAUCUGCCGGUGGCUCUCUAGUUCAUCCCGCGAUAUCUGCUCUAUUAAUUACUCCUAUUUGUCCACACACUCUAUCCUUUCGACCAAUGCUCUUACCAGAUUCAAUGGAAUUAAGAAUAUGUGUCCCUUAUAAUAGUCGUAGUACUGCAUGGGCAAGCUUUGAUGGACGAGGGAGAGUCGAAUUAAGACAGGGUGAUCACAUAAAAGUUACACCAUCAAAAUUCCCUUUCCCUACUGUAUGUCUAGAAUCUCAAUCUAAAGAUUGGUUUAAUUCAAUAUCAAGAUGUUUAAGAUGGAAUGAACGUGAGAAACAAAAAAGUUUUGUAGUGGUGGAGGAAGAAGCUGAUGAAUAUACUGAUUCAGAAUAUGAUGAUGGUUCAACAAAUUCAACAAAAGAUGAUGAUGAUGAUGGUUCAACAAAAGCUGAUGAUACCAGUGAACAUGAAUUUUUGGCAAUACCGGGGAUUAAUGCUCCCUCAACUAACCAACUACUAAACCAACAAACACCACUACAUAAACGGACUGCAAGCAGAGAACAUGCAUUUGCUUGUAUCGGAAAAGAUGUAAGCGACUCUAGUAGCAAUAAUAGCAAUAGUGGUGAGGAAGAAGAAUGGAGAGUUGUUACUAGGAGACAAAAGAAGAAGAAAUAUGUG